GCCGUGAAAUUCUGCUCCGCCUAUGGCCUCUACGAGGGAUUCGUCUACAUUUAUUGCUUUAUUCUGCGAGAUCACGCGACGGCAUUUCGUUGGCUUACCAAUCUUCUCCACGAGCCUGCGAAACCGGCUGGACGGACUUCCACCGCAUCAUCUCAAGCGUUUCCUUCGAAACCUGUUGAUCAGAUUGAAGUGGUUAACAGUAUUCUGCUUUUCCUACGAGCCAUAUUUGCUGCCGAGGAGUUUUUUGGAAGUCCACUUCCUUCGGAAUUGUGCGAAGAUGUGCAAAAUGAGAUUUUCAACCUUCUACUCUCACCGAGUCUCUCUUCUGUGGACUUGUCGCGGGGAAUAUUGUUGAAUCUCCAGUCUCUUGUAUCGCCUGUCACGGCCACCACUGGUGGUGCUGAGGGAUCAAGCGCUUCUCCAACGCGGCUCACAGUGCUUUUACGUUUGGCGGCAGUAGAUCUGGUUAAUAUGCUUACCCUCGUUUCGCGCGAGGCCUUCUUUUCUCCGCCAAAGACUCAGUGGCUGCAACGUCGGCGUAGACUCUUCUAUGCCCUCGCGUCAUCGGUCCUUGACAGUCCGGAUACUUCUUUAGACCUCCUGGCCCCCACACUUUACUUCCUGAGCCAGCAGCUCCUGCUGCCAGAGAACGCGACCAUUGCCUUUGACAGGCAGAAAUUAGACUGCUUAUUUGAGCGGCUUUGUGAAGUGAGUAAAGCCUCGAGAACCACGCCUGCCGCGUCAGAGGGGCUCUGUGAAUCACUUUUCCAGCUGCAUGCUGCUGGACUUCUUUCGUUGUCAUCGGAACAGUUGAAUCGUGCUCAGGCUGCCGGGCUCUACGACUUAUGCGAAAAGGUCUAUGAAAGUCAAGGCAACCCAGUCGCCGUCCUAACUUGCCGAAUCUCCAUCCUCCAGCGCAGUCUCCAGCAGCCCCCGCUGCUGGCCACCUGUGAUGCCCUUCGCUGCCUCGUUCUCCUUAUGCAAUGUCUCGGCCCUUCUAUGCGUCGUAUCCUCUUUGCCCUCGAUGCGGUCUUUAUGAGUGACUCCAAAUCCUUCAUCGAGCGGUUUGUUUCCCAUCGCCGCGAAGCAGACAGC